AUCUCGAGCCACUUCAUGUUCUCCCACUUCAACACGUUCUCCUCAUUGAUUGCCAUGCCCUCUGCCCAGCGGCUGUUCGAGAUGACUGACAGUAGUCGGCUUCUGAGGAGAUUGAGGAGCAAGGCGUGAGGUCUGAGUCACGCCUUCAUGGCCACGUCUCCUCGCGCCUCUUCUCCAUCGCAACCAAUCUCACCCACACCCCGCAACCAUGCGAUACCUCGUCCCCCUCAUCGCGCUGCUCGUCAGCCUACUGCCCAAUGUGGCAGCCAAUCACUUUACCUGCAACUGGGGAGGACCAGACCCGGACCCUGAGAAGGCCUCCUUUGCAAAAUUCUGUGAGGCAGGUCAGAACUACGUGAACAAGAAGCGCGUGACGUUUCGCUGUGAUGGACCCAGAGAGGUGCGCGUCGCCGAUUGGGGAUAUCUCGGUGAUGGUCUGUUAGAAUUUGGGACCCCGUGCAAUGGAGGUGGCUACGCUCUCACAUCGCAAUGCCAGAACAACACCUCGUUUUGGGCUGUCUGCAUCGUCCCCGUUGGGAAAACGACCAAAGAAUGCAAGUAUCUAUGGCGGUACGAUGACUGCCAGUGGCCCGAGACCUUUACGCGCGACACGCUGCCGAAGAAGGUGAUCAUCUACUACAAAUGAGGGGCGCCGAGCAGGGCAGAAGAGAGAGGGGAGGCGGGCAGCCAUGCUGCUGCGAAGAGCGGAUCAAGGUAGGGCGAGGGACGGAGAAUUCACAGAGCGCCGGCGCCUGUGUACCAGUAUUCUGCUCGCUCAAGUCGAACUCUGUCCCAUUCAGCAGCGACCAUCAUUGUUCAGGCGAUGCGACAGAGAUCACUGAGACUCGUGAAACGUGAGG